CUAAGACGUAUCCUCUGCUUAGCUGGGAUCAGACUAAUCUGUAUGACCGUCAACUUUUUAAGAAUUGUCACUUCACGACUCAAAUCUUUUUGAGCCAUCUCAAGUUUUUGAAGAGCACCACUCUUUCGCUUUUGCAUGUUUCGGUACAUAUUAGAAGUGGUUGCUCAAUGUUGCGCUUACAUUAGUUGAUCCCUAACAGAUACCUAUCAUCCGUUUGGAUUGCACGGGAGCUCAUAUUUACACACUAACGCACUCGACAGUUUCGUUCAUGGUGUAUAAAUAUUAGGUACCUAAUGUACAACGACUUAAAGACAGUUCAAAAUAAAACACACAAGUACGUCAUCGGUGUGAUACGCCCACACUUAAUUAUUCGAUUGUUUUUUUAAGAUUAUAUUGGUGUACUUUCUCUAUCAAAGUUUUGUUAUUCACCACCCUACAGACGGUGUACCUUUAUGUCAACUACAAAGCUGUACCUAGUUAUUUCUUCACUUUACCCUGUGCCCAAUUUUUUUUUUUUUUCCUUUUUAAUCGCAUAAUAAUAUAAUAAGCAUUGCUUGACGCACAAAAAAAAAUACAGAUUAUAUUUUUAUUUCAUUUUUUAAAGAAAUAUCUAUAGAUAAUUUAACUCAUCCGUGGGGUUGGAUGUCGGAGAAAAACGUGAGGGUGGAAGAUAGUGAAACAUUUGGCUUGACUGAUAUCUUUUUUCCUCUGCAGUGAUUAAUUUUUUACAGAGUUAGCUCCAUUAUUACCACUAACAUUUACAGCACAUGUUUAAGGCGUUAGCUCGAAAACAGUAAAUCUACGUUUAUAAAAAUGGGUAGCAAAGAAAAUAAGUCAUCUGUUUUAAGGUCUUGUAAAUCACAUCAAAAGGGUGCGUUUUUAACUGUGAUCCUCCUGCUAAUAUUCUUCGUUGCAACCGCCUGCGUUGGAUUUUUACUGAUGAAUAGCAGUCCACGUGUGGAGUCCUCUGUGCGAUUUGUGAGCAUCCUUCACAGACACGGAGAAAGAGCUCCAAUAUUAACUUACCCGCUGGAUCCGUACAAGGAUGCUGCAUUUUGGGUAGAUGGACCAGAGCAGUUGCUACAAGAAGGGAAAGUAACUACAUACGACUUGGGCCAGUUUUUGCGGGAACGAUACGGAGGAUUCCUGUCAUCUCGAUACAAGGCCCAUGAGAUAUUGAUGCGUUCGAGUAGAAUUGAUCGAUGUUUGAUGAGUGCUGAGCUCGUCUUAGCGGGGCUCUAUCCCCCUGUCGGAACUCAAAUUUGGAAUAAAGAUCUACCUUGGCAACCGAUUCCAGUUCAAACUGCGCCUGACGAUGCCGAUGACAUUAUUCGAGUGCUCAAGCCGUGCCCAUUAAUGUCCAAAGAGCAAGAAAUUGUCAAUGACGCGAUACAGAAAAAAUUGGAUGAAAAUAAAGAUCUCCUAACUUAUAUUUCAAAGAGCACGGGGCUCCAGGUGGAAACCAUCCAAAAUAUUGACGAUAUUCACGAUAAUCUUCUGAUUUCGGAGCAACACGGUUUCAAAGUGCCAGAAUGGGCUCGGGAGAUUUACCCCAAGAAACUUCAAGAAUUGGCAGCUAUCAAUUACUUUCAACUCUACGAUACGCCCUUGCAAAGAAAACUUCGAUCUGGGAUCUUGAUAAACGACAUUCUAGACAGCAUGUGGAAGAAAACUAAUGCGUCGGAAAAAUUUGAAAGACGCAUGAACAUAUUCUCAGCUCACGAUACGACAUUAGGACGUCUCUGGCAAGCAAUUGAUAUUUCCGAGGACUUAGGGUUGGAGAAACCCAUUUACGGAUCGGCUUUAAUAUUUGAACUACACGAAACCAGCACCAGUAAAUACCGAGUAAAAAUUUUAUAUAAGCGCGGCAUGCUUGACAGAGACAUGACUGUGCUGCACAUCAAGGGCUGCGAAGGGGAUCCAAUGGCUCAUCAGGACGGGAUGUGCGAUUUGGAUAGAUUUUCUUCGGCUUUGGAGCCGAAAGCUUUCUCUGACUACGACGAGGAGUGCAAAAUUCCGUGAAAAAGGACGAGGGGAUAUGACUGCAGUGAAUGAAAAUUCAGGCCGUUUUUUCUCGCGAAGGAAUGACGUCAUAUACCACGCUAGCGCCUAGCAGGGUGUUUUCCAUCGCUUACUUAAUUCGAUUUAUUAAUGCAAUAAAAUGUGCUUAAAAAUUCCAAAUCUUUUUUCAAAAAUUAACAAAGAAAAAAAAAUCGCAAGUGGCAAUUAAUUGAGGAAGCAAUAAAGCGAAUAUGGAAAUAAAGAAAAACAAUUACACCAUUGAAAUUCAUAUGAGCUCAUACACCGGAAAAAAAACAUUGGAUCUAGAGUCCAGACUCUUGAAAACAUUGACAAGAAAAAGGACUUUUAAUUCAAUCAGAUUUAAUCUUAAAUCAAAAGGAAAUCCGCUCAAAUUAAGAGGCUUGGUUAUUGAUUUAAGCUUAAAUCUGAUUGAAUCAAGAGUAUUUUUUCUUGUCGAUGUUUUUAAGAGUCUGGACUCUAGAUCAAAUGUGGUUCUUUCCCCUGUGUACGACAUUCGUACGUGUAAAGAACAAAUAAAUAUCUACAAUCCAAAAAA